AUGGAUAAAAUAGAUGGCGUUAGCAUUAACAGAUGGCAGAGGCUGUUCAGGUGGCGUCAGAUGCAGAAGGUGAAUGAAGACAAGAGGGAAGAGGGGAAAGAUGACAGCACCCUGCAGGAAGUUAAACUCAAAGUGAACUGGAAAGAAUGGGUGGUCGAUCCAUCAGAACAGUUCUACUACAUAUGGCUACGAGUCAUGAUCUUUCCAAUUUUCUAUAACUGGGUGAUUAUAAUUUGCAGGACAUGCUUCCGAUCAAUUGAUGUAAACUACCUUGCUGUGUGGCUGACAUUGGACUACCUCUGUGACCUCAUGUAUGUGGCUGAUAUGAUCGUCAGAGUUUGCACUGGUUACCUGGAGCAGGGUAUCCUGGUCAAGGACAGAGCUCAGCUGAAGAAGCGCUAUCUGCGCUCCUCUCGAUUCUUAUGGGACCUGGCUGCUGUGCUGCCCACUGACCUCCUGUACAUUGUUUUUGGCAUCCACACUCCUAUGGUGAGGAUCAACCGGAUUCUCCGUACGCCACGACUCAGUGAGGCACUGGAUCGCAUGGAGACCCGAACCUCCUACCCCAACACCUUCCGCAUCUCCAAGCUCAUGCUCUACAUCUUUGUGCUGAUCCACUGGAAUGCCUGUUUCUAUUUUGCAUUGUCCAGUUACAUUGGCUUUGGAGCUGACCGCUGGGUUUACCCCAAUAUCACCAAUCCGGUGUUUGCCUCCAUGCGCCGCCAGUACUUCUACUGCUUUUGGUUCUCUGCCCAGAUCUUCACCACCGUGGGCGACACACCCCUCCCUGACAGGGAAGAAGAGUACUUGUUUAUGAUUGCAGACCUGCUCAUUGCUGUGCUGGUGUUUGCAUCAAUUGUGGGCAAUGUUGGCAAUGUCAUCACUAGCCUGAGGGACCGUGAUAAUGUCUUCUUCCCUAACCAUGAGCUGGUGAAAGCCUACCUGCGGAGUCAUCACAUCAGUAAGGAGCUUCGCAAGCGUGUCAGUGACUGGUACCAGCAUCUUCACAUCAACAAGAAGAUCACACGAGAGAAUGAAAUCCUGCAGCAGCUGCCUGUCCAGCUGCAGACUGAGAUCGCUGUCAGCGUUCACCUCUCCACGCUUUCCAAAGUCACCAUCUUCCAGAACUGUGAGACCAGCCUGCUGGAAGAGCUGGUGCUCAAACUCACACCACAGGUGUACAGUCCAGGAGAGUAUGUAUGCAAGAAAGGAGAUGUGGGCCAUGAAAUGUAUAUCAUCAAAGAGGGAAAGCUUGCAGUGGUAGCAGAUGAUGGAGUCACACAGUUUGAUGUGCUGAGUGAGGGGAAUUUCUUUGGGGAGAUUAGUAUCCUCAAUAUCAAAGGCAACAAAUCAGGCAAUCGUCGCACUGCCAACAUCCGCAGCAUUGGGCACUCAGAUCUGUUCAGCUUGUCCAAAGAAGACCUUACUGACGUGUUGUCUGAGUUCCCUGCAGCCAAACGCCACCUGGAGGAGAAAGGCCGACAGAUCCUUACCAAGAUGGGCAUGCUAGAGGACACAGGGGAGGGUGAAGCUGGGGAGGCAGAAAAAGUGGAGACCAAGUUAACUAGGCUGGAGAGCAACUUAGAUGCCCUCCAAACCAAACUAGCCCGGCUUAUGGUGGAAUUAGAGUCCAGCAAUUCUAAAAUGCUGACCAGGGUGGAACAGCUAGAGGUGGAGGUGCAGGCUUUGGAGAAUCAACUGCCAGAGAAUGAAGGUGUAGAAGGAGAAGGAGAGGAUGAGAGAGGUGAAGGGGUAGGACAGGAGGUUGAAUGGGAACGAGAAGAGGCAGAGGGAGAGGAAGAGACUGUAGAUGUGAAGGUAAAAGAACAAGAACACGUUGAGGAUAGUGAUGAUGUGACCAAAGAGGGAGAUGGAGAGAGUACUAAAAGUAUGAGGGAGGAGACAGAGAAAAAGCAUCAGGACUUGGAGAGAAUGGUGGAGGGAAAUGGCUGUUGGGAGAAGGGCUUGGAUGGAGGAGAAAAAAAAACAGGAGAUGAUGGAGAGAAAAGCCAAGAAAAAGGAAAUAUCAGACCGGGUAAAUGGAAUGGAAAUGUCCUUGAAAAGGAAGGUGAGAAAAAAUGGACAAGAGAGGAGAAAAAAUCAGACCAUAAUGAGAAGAAAGAAAAAGAUAAAGAAAAUUUAGACAACAAAGGGGAAGGGGGAGAAGGAUAAAGGGAGGAAAUGUGGAUCAAAACCAAAGAUUAGAGAAACAAAGAAUAAAAUAUGUGGUCAGUUACUGGUAGAUAUUUCAACCUCAUUUGUGACUUGUGGCACUACAAAGUUAUACCCCCAGAUGGCAGCAAACACCAUAUUGAAGCACUGCACGUUUGCAUGAUAAUCUACCUCACCCAUAUUUCAUCACAAAUUGUAUAUUAGUUUUUCUCAAUGGCAUUUCUUGAAUCAUUUCUAACAUUCUCAGAGCUCCAGGUGCAUUUGCCAAAACAGCUAAUAUGAACCCAAAACAUUUCACUUAUGAUUCAAUAUUACAUUUUUGUUUUGAGAUUAAGUCCCUUCGACAAUGUGUGAAACAAAGGUGGUCAAUGUUUAGAUGUUUGCUAUGGUCCUUAUCUCCAGA